GACAUCACGUUGCCGACGCACCGGCACCACUGCCGAAUAUUAUUACGCUUCCGCCGCCGUUAGUAUAAUAAUAAUUAGAGGCCGGAAUUAUAUGCAUUUAAAAAUUAUCAAAUACGAUGCAGAUAUGCAUACAAAAAGUGGCUAAAUAUGCAAUUAUAUGCAUUAUAUUAUACUUAAUAAAAUAUGUUUAAAAAACAAUAAAAUACCAUUUUGCACCAAGAAUAAAAAUAUACUUAGUAAUAAUUUAUUACAUAUUAAUAUAUUAUAUUUUUUGAAAAACAUAUCUGAAAACCUAUCAAUAAAUUUUCAAAAUAAUAAAACUAAAAUCGCAUGCUUUUUACCACACAAGAUUUUAAAAUAUAACGACACAUCUCAUACACGACAAGAAUGAUAAACGAAUUCAUAAAAUGAUAACACCAAGACAUCCGUUAUUAUGAGCCAUAGGUUUGAGCUCCGAUUUCAUACACUGUGGCAAAUAUAACAAUAUUUUAACAAAAUUCCUCUAAGAAACAAUGUCAACAACUUUUUUUCUAAAGUACAAUUGAUUUAUCAAUAAUAAAUACACAUUAUAUGCAUUUAUGAACUAAUAUGCAAUAAUCAAAGUCAAAUUUGGUAUUUGAAUUCGGUGUGAUAUGAAUUGUAGACAUUUAAAACCUCCAUCGACGUGCAUACACUAUGUACAAACAUGGAAAUGCAUAUAAUUCCGGGGCUCUAAUAUUAAUAAAUAAUAAUAUUAUUAUUAUUUUUGUUUUUUUUUUUUUUAUCGCAAAACGGUGGACACUGUGUCACGAAUUUAGCAGACAAGUUGACGUCGAAUGUAUUAUCGUUUUUGACAGGACGCCUUUAAGCAAUAAUAAUUAAUGUAUAGGUAUAUUUUAGAAACGUUCUGUCGAUAUUUUUUUUUUCCAUUCCAACAGUCUUUCACCGUGAUUAUUUACCACGGCAUUUUACCGUCAACGUAUAUAAUUUGCUCGUACAUACUAAUCGCCCGACAGGUCAAAGGUUAUGUGAGGUUAGGGUUAGGGUCGUUCGAAGUAAUACGAUACGCGUAUCAAUUCUUCAAAGGGACAACAUUUCGAAGUCGAGUCCUUCGAUUACCGAGGCAUGGAAAACAUAACUAGGCCGACUGAUAUUACUGUGCAUAAUAUACGAGAAACGUGGUUUUGUCGACGUCGACCGUGGAAUAUUUCACUCGACACGAAAAUAUAAAUAUACCGUCAAUAUUUGCUCGUUUUUCUUUGUAGUAUUUUGUUCGAGAUGUGAAAACAACAGCAGCCGUCCUGUCAAUAUCAGUUAACGCUAAAUGUCGAAUACCCGCGAGUCGUUUAAUAUUAUUAUUCGCCCAAUAGUUCGCCCAAACAAUUAUUUUUCUUCUGUAACUUACCCACCCAUAAUUAGUUAAUUAUUUUCACCAUAAAUUAAUUAACUUACCUAGUUUAUAGUUUCCGUCGUAAAAACUCAACUAUAUGUACAGUUUAAGUCCCACCUAAGUUAUGCUUAGCAGAGAGUAGACACUCAAUAUAUUUUUAUAUUAAAUACAUAGUUGACCUAGUUAGUUCGUUAAAUAAAUGAUACCAUUGGCUUCGUUUGGGAACAAACGUAUGUAUCAUUGGUUUUCAGACUUCAGAUCACAGGUAGACAAAAACUGAUUAGCUGAUCGAGUAUCAUUUCUAUAUUGAACUUUGAUUAUAGCUGACUUGAUUUGAAGGCAAAUUAAUGAGUAGGUUUUUUUUUUGUCAAAUAUACAUUUAUUUAUUACUGUAAGGAUAGGUAUCAUAAUCGCAUUGCAAUAUAAAAACAUAACUUACUAAUUAAUAUUACUAAAAUAUUGAAUAUUUUUGACAAAAUUUGAUUUAAUCAAAUUAUUUUUUUUUUCGUAAACUCGCUGAAAAUUUAAUAUCCACACAAUCGAAAUUCGUUUGUUAAAAUUACACGUUUGGUUAAGGGUUUUUUACCUAUAGACAAAGUGACUUCAUACACGUGUUCACCGGUGUAUUGAUAACGAGUUGGUUUAAAUAUAAAAUAAAUAUGUUUUUCGAUUGGAUACAGGUAUACGAGUACUUGUUAUGUUUUUAGGUCAUGGUUUAUAUUUCAGUCAGGCAUCCGCCGUCAGAUUUUUCGCACGGCCACCAUUUCCCCUGGCCUUUUAAACGUUUCUACAGCGUUGGUUAUCGAAUUACCCAUGUCAUUUAACCCAUCAAAACAAUUUGGGACGGCAAUAUAUUUGUUUGCGAUGGUGUAAUUGCAGAAUUUAUAUUAUAAAAAUGUUAAAGAAAACUGCAGCGGGAGAACGCGUCGAAUCUAAAUUUUAUAGCUUUUGAGAGGGCCGAUGAAAAUAAUGAAUUAUACUUUCUUUUCUGCGAGUAAUACGAUACAUUUCUCGGACGGGAUGGGAAUUCGCUCUAAAAGUCUUAAUUAUCCAUUUGCAUACCUACUAUAUAGUUUGGAAAUCGGACGCGUGUUAUACUUGCUGCAUUUUAAAGAUGUCGUUUUUCAAAUUACUUGUUUUAAAAUUCGAUUAUGAAACAAGCAAUAGCAGUUUGACGCUGAAAGAGCUUAACUGUAAAAAUCACUUUCGAUUACAAAAUAAAAGUGUUUUUUUCAAAGCAAUAAGCUUAUAGAGGUGGUAUUUUUUAAUACGAUAAGCAGAUAUGUCAUUCGUAAUAAUAUUAUAAAUCGUUAUUAUUAUAUUUUCCUAGUAUACAAAGUGAUUCCUUUAUCACGAACCAGCGAAGAUAACUAUACAAAGAUCUCGAAGAAUUUUAAUUUUUGUUUUUUUUUUUUUUUUUGACAAUAUGUUGCAUAUUUAUGUACCAUUUUUUCGAAUAAUUGAAACUAUAAUAAUAUAGACUACACAUAUCAUCGAAUAUUUUGAUUUACAAAUAAUAACUUAUAUAUUUUAACUCGCUAUACAGAAGAAAAAUAAUGCUGUAUAGAUUAUAUGUACCGUUUAUCCGAGUUAUACCUGCCGGUUGUCUAUGUAUACUAGUUAAAAAUUUAGCUGGGAAGUGUAGGAAAGGAUUGAAUCCAUUUAAUAUCCGUAUUUAAAUAUCCCUGUAUUUAUAUUUUUGAUUCCAAAUCUAUUCGUAUUGGUUUUACUGUGAAAUGUGUUUCGAUUUAAAUAAUUUUUCCCCAGUCUUUUAAUGAUUUGUCUAUCAAAAACCUUGCUCUGAUCUUCGUGUGUAGCAUUUUUUCUGAAAGCAAAUUUUGUCUAAAUGAUUUUCCUUGUAGUUUUCUAAAUAGUUGGGAAAAAACGGAAAAAUGUAUAUACAAUACCGUUUUCGUUAUUUUUGGUUUAAAAUGAUCGUAGAAACAUUUUCAUAGAAAAAAAAAUAAAUAUUAUCAUAAAAUAUUAUUUAUAUUAACUUUUGCAAAACAUUUUCUUGGUUUUUGAGCUAUUUCUUCAGCCAUUUGAAAUUUUCUAAUUUGUUUUAGUAUUUAUUUGGAUACAAAUAUUUUUGCCUGGCUAAUAUGUUUGGAAAUUGAACACAAGGUUCAUCUUAAGUUCCACUUAGUGGUUAAGAAAAAGUUGAUCGUAAUUUAGUAGUUACUUUUCUAAAGGUUUUAAUUUAAAAUUUUAAUGUAAAUUCUAUAAAAGUCACUGAAUUUCUAAACAUAUACUGUGUUUAACCGAACUUUGAUCGGAAUCGUUUUUUGUUUAUAAUGAUCAAAUAUCGAAUAUUUUAUAUGUAUCCUACCAUUUCAAUUGUCUACCUAUAACACUGACAUGCUCGUCUGUAGUGUAUAUCAACACUUUUUAAUAAUUUUAUUUUUAGCGCAAAUGUUGAAAAGGGCUACUCAAUUACAAAUACGUUACUAACCGUGUAGGUGCAUCAAUGAUAACAAGAAUAAUGCUUUAGCAUUUUUUUUGGGGGGAUAGACCUAUUAUACUGUUUUUUUUUUAUGAGAACCUUUGGUUCUACGGAAAUGAGUAAAAUUAGUAUAAUUUAGCAAAGCCAACAAUAUGCCUUUUUUUUUUUCACUAACUGUCGUCACCGACUACAUCAUAUGAUUUUAUGUACGACAGCAGUCGUAUUGUAGACACGGUUCAACAAUACUGAAUGCGCCUAUUUUUAAACAGUAUAAUAUAUUUCUCUAAAAUAUAUUGUAAAUCCAUUUCCUUGCACAUCUGUGUUCAUCAAUGAACGUUUAAAGAUCCGAAACAGAAUUUUAUAUUGACACUUCAUGUCGCGUUCGUUUUCAGAUGACCUAUUUGCGCGCUUGUAUUGGCGUGUUCGGUCAUAUAAUUUAAUAAUGUACUGUAUACGAGCAUCGACGAUUGGAUUAAUAUCGCUUAGGUAUGUGGAACGAUAUCCAUACUUAAAAUUAUAGUGCUACUAAAUAAGUUAUAGCAAUCCGUUUCGGAUACUCGGACGCAAAAUGCGGCGGUGUGUCUAUUCCCCGAAGAAACGAGAAAACCGAGCCCAAUAAACGAUUAAAAUCGUUUCCUGUCGGCAUAUUUAAUUAUUGUGAGUAUUAUUGCUGAAUACAGGCCUGAUACGAGCAUUUAAACACAUAUAAGUAAACUUAAGUUUUGCCGCUCCUUAUUCAUCUAAAUAUUACGUUUUUAAAUGUUACCCCUGAAAAAUGACGCUCUAGGCGUGGGCCUAUGUUGCCUAACCCUUGAGCCAGGCCUGGCGCAGACCUUAGGACGUAAUCAAAUAAAAUUAUAGUUACAUUCGAAAGGAUUUUUCACAACUAUGCGAAUAACUUUCAAACAUGUUUAAAUGUAUAUUUGAAGAAAAUUCGGUAUAGUUUUGGUAAUUAUCAUAUUAUAUAUAAGGCCUCACGUGAUUUUGUAAUAUGUUUUUAUUCUUUUUAUAACUACGGCCGAAUAUUAUUUUUUAUUUCGAUAGUACAACAUUUUCGACAUUAUUUGAAUAAUAAUAAUUAUAAAUUAUAUCUGAAAAAACAUUUACUAAACUCUGGCCACAGUCGGUCGGCAUAAUACCUGUUCUUGUAUAAAAAUACAAUACAUAUUUAAUGCUGACCAUAAACGGCUAGCAUUUCAUAUUAUUAUACUAUAUUUACAAACGGCAGUGCCAAUAUUAUUGUUGUGUGCAUACUCGUCCAUCUAGGUCGAGUUUUUUUACUUUUUUUUUUUGUUCAAGUCCGUUAUUUCGACGGCAACUGCGGGACGGUCAUUUCCCCCAGUAUCAGGUAAAUAGCCGCGGUCUUUGAAAUAAUUAAAACACAAUGUUAUGUACAUCACGAGGUUGUGUAUAGGUACUAUGGUAACACGAAUUCGAAUACUAUGAAUGUCAUUUGGUUGUUUUUUAUUCUCAUAAAUCGGAAUAUAGUUAUCCGUUCCGUAGUCUGCGACCAGUUACAAUACAAUGCUGCAACGGUUUCAAAACUUCCAAAAUUGCCUGUGGUUAAAAUCUACUUGUUUUAGAUUCUGAGCAGAGUGACCUACAUUUACAAUGAUUAGUUUUAUUUGUUUCUGUAAACAAUAUUUCUACCAGAAAUGCCGCUCCGUUUUACAAUGAUAGCAUUUUUUCUAAAACGAAAUCUUACUGGAGAGGUACUUUAAAUGGGUCAUUUUUUUAAUUUCCCAAGAAUUAUCAUGAAAAAUGGGGAGAAACGGUAAAAUUUACGAAACGUAUUAUUUACAAAUCGUAAAUAUUACGGUCUUUCAAAACAUGUAUAAUCGAACACCGCUCAAAAUCGUUUUUCGUUAAAAAUGAUUAAUCGUUACGCAGAUAUGCAUUCAAUUUAGUGACCAACCUAUAGUGCGAAGUAUGUCCGUUUGUUAUUGUUUUUUUUGUUUUGUUGACUUAGACUCGAGGACUUUUUUUUCUGCUCAUAAAAUGAUUCUAAUUAAAACAGCGACCAAUUAAAAAAACUCAUAACAAAUGAUGCCGUGGUAUUUGCAUUUUUAAACAACUAUGGUGGGUAUACGGAAGUCCGAUAGUGUCUCUCGAAGAUGGAUAUUUUAAUUUUUUUAUUUCUAAGGAUUCUUACUUGAAUUUUGGACUGUAUGAUUUCUCUGGUAUAUGUCUUGAUUCCUGAGGGUACACGGGGAGAACAUUACUUAAAUUAGUUUGUUUUUAUAGCUAAUAAUAGAAACCCGCUCCUAUUAAUGAACUCCGUUCAGAAUCGUUUUUCGUUGGCCAUGAUGCGAAUUAUUCCCGUCCGGAUUUUUAAUAUUAUUUAUAAUCCAGUUGUUUUAAACAUGUGACCGUUUAUUUGGAUUUAAGUUCAAAUAUUCUCAUCAUAAACCACUGCUAAGUAGUCGCUGCAGUGUACUUCAUUGUUUCUAUAUACUUCUGCAGACUGUGCGGUAAACUUAAUGCGUCUACAUUCCGUAUUGAUUGUAAAUAUGCUCCCACGGGUUCUUAGAAACGUAUAAAUGGCACUGAUCACCUAUAUGAAUUUAUAUAGGUUGUGCAACGGUUAAUGAUCCCGAGUCUGUACACACUCCAUUAUUGUAACCGUUUGGCGUCUGCAUAUACUUUAAAAAAUUAAAUUUGAUAGGACCGUUUAAUUACUAUAAAUCAUGAUUUAAACCAAAUCGGUUUGAGAAUAUUGUAACACACGUAUUUUACAUGUCGUAAUACGACAAAUGCCGUUUUUUUACUCCUGAAGCAUCGAUCGAUAGUUAUGACAAAUUCCAAAACUUUUAUAAUUCGAUUUGUAUAUAAUAACGCGAUUGAUGUGUGGGUACCUAUGUUUAAUUGGUUUUACAUAUAUUUAUUUUAUUAUGUAUCCAGAUAAAAUAAUUAUUAAAUAUUUCAAUAAAUUAUAAUAACAUAAUUUAAUUACAGUUACUAUAUACCUAUCUCUAAAAAUUUCAACUAACUUAUAAGAUAAUAAUAAAAAAAAAAAUGAUAUUUUAAUCCCAUUAUAAAUCGUUAUAGGGGACAAAAUAAAUGUCCCUUAAAUGAAAAAUUAGUUGACGUAGAACUCGCCUGUACUGUAUGCGUGACCGUUAGGUAUUAUUGGAUUCUUUUUUAUUUAUUUUUUUUUAUUAUGUUGCGAGUGAAUAUCCUUUAUAAUAAUAUAAUGAAAUUGAUGUAAAGUUAUCGAUUUGAUUGCAGAAAAAAAAAAUUGAAAAAUUGAUUUAAACAUCAUUAAUUAUCAUUAAAAAAAAAAAAGCUUUAUUCGUAUAGGUCUUUGCUCAAAGAAAAGUUUAAAUUCAAUUUUGAAUUUCAUUCUUCACAUUAUAUUUUCGUUUAAGAAAAUAUAUUUAUCGUAUAGGUAUUUAUAGUUUAUAUACUUUCAUAAAAACUCGAACUAACUAUAAUUUUGAAAUAACAAUGAAAUUAUUAUUUUAGGGAGAGAGUAAGAUCGGAAAAGAGGUGGUUGGAUGCUUGGAUGUGAUUGAGAAUGAUACGAGGACAGCCUGUGUAUGCAAGGUAGGAAAUCGGGUCAAGUGGAAGUGUAGAACAAGAGCGGUCGAUUCCAAAUAGUUAGGACAAAGUUUAAGGAAAAGAAAAAAAAUAAAGAAACGUAGGAAAAAAAAUAAAAUCGCAUGUUGCUAUACCUAGUUAAGUAUAAUUAUUUAAUUUAUUGGUAAUUAAAAAAAAAGUAUUGUAAGUUAUAACACAAUAUUCACCAAAUGAAUUAUGAAAAUUAAAAACUGAAAUGUCUUCGAUACCUACAUGAUCUCUUGUAUUUUUUUUAGUUUUAUAAUAUAUCUUGCAGGUCCUAAAACACAUGGGAUUUCAGGGGCACACUUUUUAAUUCAAUUGUUACCUUUAACGGAUUCUCAUACCAAAAUAAAAACCUGUGGGGGUUGUAGCGCCCAAAAUUCUGGAACGAAUGCAGUAUAACUCCCAAAUGAUUUUUUUUACUAAUAUGUGUGUUUUUUCAUGUUCAAUUUGAUGGUACUUUCAAAAAAAAGUCGCUCAAACUUCAUUUGGAAGUUAUGGUCAAAAAACUUCAAAAUGCUCGAUUUUUCUAAAAAUCGUGUUUUUAAGUUUAAAAUACCAAAAAUUUAUAUUUUUAGAUUUUUUUUAUAAAUGGUAGUUAUUAUAUGCUUAACAUUUUGGUGUUAUCAGAAUUCACCCAUCGUACUUAUUCUUUUUAUGUAUUGACAAUAAAUCACGUCAAACCUAAUUAUAAUGUUAUUUCAAUAAUUUGCUUAUUAUAGUAAAUCAAAAUUGACUUUUUGGACUUGUUUUUUAUUUAGUGUGUAAUAACAUAAAAAUUUUUUGGUCAAAUCAGAACUAAUUAAUAUUUUUUGGUUUGGAAGAAAUAGUGGAAAAAUGCAUCUUUUUUUAAUGGAUGUAUAAACAUCAACUUUUGAAAAAUAAAGUUUAUUUAAUACUGUUUUAUUUUUUUUACUUUCUGAGGUCAAAAUAAUUAAAAAAAAAACCUCCAAUGAGGAUAGAGGUGGAGGAAUGGUGAAAUUAAUACAACGAUUAUAACGUCAAAUUAUUGUUAUUUAUAACUAGGGCUAUGGGAUUUUUGUAAGAAAGUGCAUUUUUUUUUAAUGAUUAGAAAACACAGCUUUGUAAGUAAAUAAUUUAAAUUAUGUAACAACAAAUCCAUUUAUGCAACUUUUAUUUUUCACUUUUUUGCAUUUUUUGAUGUUUUUGCCUUUUUUGGUCAUAUUUUCUUUUUUUAGUUCAUUUGCCGAUAUUUUUGAUCAAAUUCCGUCAAUUAACAUUUUUGAAAACAUUUUUUUUUGUUUUAAUAAAAUAAAGACAAACCUUUUUUUUAAAAAAGUGUUUCAAGUGAAUAGAAUUAUUAAAGAAUUAAUCAAUUUCAAAAUAAAAAUUCAAAAUUCGAUCAACAUUUUUAUAGUUUUUUUUAUUAAAUAAAUAAAUUUGUAUGCAUAUAAUAUACUAAUAUCAAUAUAAUUAUAAAAAGUAAAAACCAUUUUAAGUGCAUUUUAUACUAUAAUUUUUGCCAUUUUAGUGCGUUUUUUGCAUUUUAAGUGCAUAUUUUAUUGUAUUUUUUGACAUUUUGAAUGCAUUUUUUAACGGUUUUUAAUACAUUAAAUUCACAGCCCUAUUUAUAAAACAAUAAUGAAAAAAGUUUUCCAUUUUUUUUUUUUUUUUUUUUUUUUUUUAUGAGAAUUCUUAGAAUAAUCCCGACAUCUCUAUACAGAUCCGUCAAUACAAUUAAUUUUCAAUAACUUGAAACCUAAAAAAUAACUAAAAAUCCCUUAACAUUUUCACUCAAAUAGCUCAUAAAUAUCAAAAAAAUAUUCGUUAGUUCUGAUUUCACCAAAACUUUUUUAUAUUAUUUCACACCGAAUGAAAAAAAAAAGUACAAAAAAUCAAUUUUGAGUUACUUUAAUAAGCAAACGAUUGUAAUAAUAUUAUAAUUAGGUUUUAUGUGGUUUUUUAACAAUAACAUAAAAAGUAAGUACGAUAGAUGAAUUUUGAUUUCACCAAAAUCUUAAAUGUACAGGCACCAUUUCUAAAAAUAAAAAUUCCAAAAAUAUAUAUUUUUGGUGUUUUAAACUCAAAAACACGAUUUUUUUGAAAAAUCGACCAUUCUGAAGUUUGGCCAUAACUUCUAAAUGAGGUUUGAGCGACUUUUUUUAAAAGUAUCACCAAAUUAAGCAUGCAAAACACACAUUUUAGAAAAAAAAUUUCGAAAAAAUCGCUUGGGAACUAAACUGCAUUUAUGUCACACAAAAUAACUAACUACUAACACAACUAAAAGUUCGUGGAUAUAUAAUAUCUAUAACCAUGACCGUGGUUGAAGUUUAUAAUAUUUGUUAUCAAUAUAUUGAAAUAAAAAUGUAUAAUACAUUUGUGUUCAAAUUCUAGUGUUUGUUAUUUUUACAAUUACAACUAAAAACACGGUUUAAAAUUUCGGAUACACUUAUGUAAUUCAGAGGAAAAAAUUCAGAAGACACAAAAUGGGUUAGGGGACACAGUAUUUUAGGCCAUCAUAUCUUGUAUCUUUUAUGUUAUCAUGUAUCAAGAUAAUAUUUCUUUAGUGUAUUUUGUCCCACCAUGGUGUUGGUAGUUAGUUGGUUUUAUCGUGAUCAUCUUUCAGAUGCUUUUGAGUUAUGGCAUCCCUACUUGGCGCGUGACGAGCUUAGACUGGAGCGAGUUCAGAAUAAAUUUCUAUGUUGCCUUCAAAUUAAAAAUCAAUCAUUCCAUCCAUGAUUACUCACUUAUUUCCUCCACGCUUCAAAUUCCUACAAUAGCCUCUCGUCGCACUGGAGCUGACCUUCAUUUUAUAUCUUCACAUCUCGGGGAUUUAUUGAUUCUCCUGAUCUCCUCUUUUCUAUAUCGUUCCGUGUUCCUACCCACUAUACCAAAAAUAGUUCCCUUUUUCAAUUCCCAUACCAUCGUACCUCUUAUGGGUUUAACCACCCUCUGCACAGAAUUUUACAGAGUCUUAAUUCAGCCUAGUUUUUUCGUCAAUAACUUUCAUCAAUUAAUGUUUUAGCUUAUCAUAUUGUAUAAUUUUAUAUUGAUAUUGUUUUGUCUAUGUUAUGUACUAUAUUUAAAUUAAUGUCUGUUAUGGCGUAAAUAAAUAAUAAUAAUUAUUAUUAUUGUUUAAUACGCGUUCGCAUCAUAAUACAGCGGUUCCAUUUUUAAACGCGUUUGGCCAAUAAUAAAGAGCCAACGUGGACGAUAGGAACAAUAAUUAUUAAUUAUUAACAGCGCAGUGUUUGUUUUUUUUAAUAUGUUCAUUGCACGUGUUCAUCGUAUUGUUAUUAUUAUAAACGAAUUCCGUAUACUGCGGCCGAACAUAUAAUAUACAGAGCGAUCCUCUUAUCAUGAAGCAGUACAAUAAUUUAUAAAGAUUUUGAUUGAAUUUUACUUUGCUUUUAUUUCAUAUGCAUUACGGGAUAGUUUUAUUGAUUUUAUUUACAACAAAUUCACAGAUUUACUCUUCACAGAUUAUACUGUACACAUUUUUAGAAAAAUGUUUUCUUUUCGAACGUGUGUUUGAAUAUGUGGAUUGCUGUUUGAACAUUAUGCAAGUUGUGGUAUAGUUUAUAGUUCGGUUUACUGUUUACAGUAUCUAUACGGGACAAGGCCACAAGGGUAUAUAACUUUAGAAAUGUAAUCAACCAAACCAUUAAUAAAUCUUUUCAUAAUAUAUUAUAAUAUUUGAAAAUAUCACCAUCAAACUAAUUCAACAUCUUUGUAUGGAUAAUCGUUAGUUCGUGGUAAAAAAAAAUACAAUCCUGUAUAAUCAUAAUUAAUAACGAAUAGCGCAAUAUUAUUGCACGUGCGUAUUAGCUCACUUAUUUAGUCAUAUAUACACGAUUACAACUGAAUUCAUUGCUCAGCAAAUUAGGUAUAUACUCAGUCGGUCAGUCACUGAAAUCGCCAUCAAAGGAUUUCAGAGCGUUUAUAAAUAUCAACGUUGUUUAAAAAUUAUGUUAUUUAUAAUAUAAUAUUUUAUUGUUUCAGUGUAUCGUUUCCAGAGCGCUCAGCAACAAUGAGUCUAAAGAAGAAACCCAAAGAAGACGACCACGAAGCACUGGCAGGAGAAGAAGCUGCCACAGGUGAUUCGAAUGACGAUAUUUUAAUAUAAAAAUUUAACUAUUGAAAAAAAAAAGUUAACCAUCGUGUAAAGUGAUGAAAAAUUCUUCAUGUACAUACUUUUUCGUUGAGUUAUUUACAAAAAAAAAAAAAAAUUACCUAUCGACUUUUUGUUUAUGUUUCGUGAAUAAAAUGUGUAUACAACGAAGCCAACAAUAAUAAUACAAAUGUUUGUAAUAUUAUAUUUUAAAACAAUUCCAUCAUAUAAUUUAUUAUUAAAAUCGUAUAUAAAAACAAAAACAAAUCAAUAAUAAUAAUAGUAUAAUAACUAUAAGGCUGUGGGUUUGUAGGAAAUAUCUUUUUUGUCCUUUACAAGACACAUUUUUUUUAGUAAAAAGUUCGAAUUACUAUACGUAAUAAUGAACUCUGCUUUGAAACUUUUAUUUUGCUUUUCUUUGCUGUUUUUGCUUUUUUCGAUUUUUAGAUCAUUUUAGGUCAAUCUGACCUAACCUACCAUUUUUAUGCAUACUGUGGGAUAUGUUUUCGUUUUGUUCCAAUAUACAAUAAAUACAUUUCUAAAAUACUUCUCAUAGGUCGUUACUUGUAGGUAUAAAUUAUUACCUCAUUAAACAUUUUCUUCUCUGAAAAUAUGUAUCUAUUCCAAAUAGGUGUUAGUGUAAAAGGAUUUUAAGUGUUUUUUUUUUUUUUUUGCUGAAACUUUUCAUGACAUAAAUAUACCGUUCUAGUAAUAUCCAAUGAAAUUAUGAUUUACGUACAUUUCACUGUGGAAAUUAGUAUACGAUAACGAAUGAACUUACAGAGGAUCCCGUUGGAAAUUAAAUUAUAAUUAUUCACGACAAUAAUUGUUUUAUUUUUUUAAAUUUUAUUUCUGUCUACCGUUUGCCCGCGUAUUAUCGUUUCUGUAUCGCUAAGACCCGUUAUUACGACAUCAUGGCGGCACGACAGGCGUAUUGUAACGACGAUACUCGCGGCCAAUAUUUCAUUUACUUGUAUAUUCAGCUCGUCAGGUCCAAUUCAUCCGUGUCAUCUACACUGACGCCAAAUAAUAAAUUCUCGUUUUUCAUAAUACAGGAUGAUCAGCACAACGUAAGACACUCAUAAUCUCGGAAAGUAUUAACAUUUUGCGGAAUUUGUUUUUUUAGAAUGUUCAAAAAACAUAGCACACAGCUCUAAAAUGACACAUAUUGCCGCGCCGCCAAACGAAUAAUGUUCGACUACACUACUACUACUCUAAUUUUACUCAAAAAAGUAUAAUGGCUUUUUAACGGGUCGACGGAAAUCGAUUAUUUCAAUAACAAAAUGUAUUCAACUAAACUUGUUUAUUUAUUGAAUUUUUAAUUUAGGUUGCUAUUUUAAAGUAAUUGAGUAGUGGUUUCACCUAAUACCUGCUAAAAUAACGGCGAGAAAAAAUAACGGUAAUGUAACAUUUUAGAGUUGUGUUUGGUUUUUAAACGUUUCAAUAAAUAAAUUUCAAAAAAAAAACGAUUACUAUUUCCAAGAUAAUAGUGCCUUACGUUACAUGUUAUAUUCAAUCUGUGUAUCCACCUAUUUUUAUAAUAUAUAAAACAGCGUACGGCGUCCGAUAUACGGACUGACGGUCAAGUAUGUAUAUUAUUUUUAUUUAUCGUUGUCCACCACCCAUCCCCGUUCUCACCGACACCGACCCCGAUCGCGGGGGUCAAUAACACGUUGGUUCUUUUUUUUUUUUUUUUUUUUUUUCAUUGUUGUUGUUUUCCAUUAAUAAAUCCAUAAUGUUUUAAAGGGCCGGAAAUAAAUAAAGCUGCAGGUUUCCACGGUGUAAUGUUUUAUUGUAUACAUUCGCCCGUUAACUUUGAUGAUUCACCGGUCGAUCAAAGUAUAUUUAUAUAUAUAUAUUAAUAAUAACAAUCGCGAUAUAUCGACCGCUGGCUGUAUUUAUUUACACGUGGCGGACGGGCCGGGCGAAUAAAUGGCAUUUAAGACCGAGCGUAUAUACACGACAGACCAUUGCCAAUGUCAGCGUACUACAUAUUUUGUAACACGCAUACAUAGUAUUAUAUAGUUAUACUUACUGUAAUAUGCGAGUACUGUGCGUUAUACAUCAGCUGUCACUGACCUUCGGCCGUGUCAUCAGGUUUAAAAAUACUCGUUGAGACACAUAACCCUAAUGAACGUUUCCCCGUCUGACUUUUACACCUAUACACCACAAUAAUAAUAUAACAAUAAUAGUAAUGUGUGUAAUGUUAAUUUUCGCGUUUGUUAAUUUUCGCGACGGUUACAGUAAUAAUUAUCUAUAGUUUUACGCGUGGACAUGCGUAAAAUCGUAUUUUCCGUAAUCGCGUACGAUGCGAAUGUGACGAAAAAAAAAAAAAAAAAGACGUCGAUCCAUAUUCGGCAAAGAGUCUCAUAUUAUUAUAUUAUUAAAAUGGUUCACAAAAAACUAUAUCGAAUUAUUUUUCAAAGUGUACUGUCCGUUUUUAUUGGUUGCGAAAUAAUUAUUGUUGUUUUUAAAAAUUUACUUUUGUUAAUUAUUGUUGAGGGCAAAUACCUUAAGUACGUGAGUUUACAUAAUACGAUUAUAUGUCUACGUAACUAUCACUAUUAGUUUGUGUUUAUACAAAAUUUUUAAUGUCCGGGUUUUUUUUUUUUUUUUUUAGAACGUUUCAAUGAAAAAUCAUUCAAAUAUAAUUUACACGUUAGUAUACUAGUUUAGAUGAUGAGAUAUUAUGUAUAAUAAAUUUAAAAUACACUUGCGUACAAUUAAUUUUACCAUAAAUUUAGGUAUAUUUUUUAGAGGAAAUAUGUUUUUGUAAUUAAAUUCGGCAAAAUAGAAAGGUCUUAAAAAUAUUAUUAGGUAAAUUAAAACAAAUAUUUUAAAUUUUAAAAUACAUUACUAUAAUAUUAAUAUUAUUUAUAUUCCAUUUUGCUUAUAAGGAAAACUGUAAGCAUGAAAAAUAAUUACUUUAUGAUAUAAGAAUAAAUUCAAACAAUUAAAAAAUUAUAUUCUGACAGCAAUUUAUAUUAUCGCACAAUUUGAGUAGUAAAAUCUGUCAGUAUCGGACAUAGUACGUAUAAUUGUUAUCAGGAAAUAUAAACAAUUCUUGCUUGCAUUUCUGCUGUAUGUCACACAAUCAAUAACAAAUAAAACAAUAGUGUGUACCCAGUUUCAUAAUACGACUCGUCACGGUCGUUCAGAAAUAUUUAUCUAUAAAUAUUCAUUAUAAUAAUUUCAUGCCGGUCAUUAUUUUAUUUAUUCGUACGAGUGCUUAUUGAUACACACAAAUAAUGCAUAAUUAAUAUUAUUGUGCAUUUUAAUUUACAAUCAUAUCCGUGGAUUUUGACACAUAUUGGGUACUGUACGUAAAUUUAAACGACUAGACGAGAUGACAAUAAGAUGUGUGUAAUAUUAUAAUUUAAUAAUAACCUAUAAAUAACUCUAUAGUAUUCAAAUUUCGCUUUUCUUUCUUAUAGAGAUCGUUGCAGGUAUGUUUUUGUCACCAAUUUAUUUUUACAAAUUAUUAUGUUAUUUUGAGUUGACGUAAUUCAACUAGGACAGAAUUCACGUGGAUGAUAUGACUUGCUGAAUCCACGUCAUGUCCAUAAUAUCAGUAAAUAGGUAGUAUUAGAGUGGACACUAGACAUAAAUUAGAUAUCCAGUUAAUCUUUUAUAAAGCUUUUGAGCUUUUGAGCUUUACUAGUUAAUUAUUUUUGUCGUUAAUUAAAUUACCUUUAUUAAAGUUUAGUUUUCGUUGUGAAACUUAAUUUGUUAUAAUUAGUUUUUAUAAACAUCCAUCAUGGUAAUAUAGUUCACCGGUUGAAAACGAAUGAUCGAAUUUUAAAAUUUAACUGAAGGUUUUUUCAGCCACUCGGCUUAACUUAAUCAAGUUGAUUGUUUUCAUUAACUAGUCCACUCAGUCUCCAUAAAAUAUUAACUAGUCCUUGCCAUCCGCGUUGUUAGUUGAUAGUCAGAUAUGGGUGACCUGCACCCAGAUUAGACAAACAUCGUUUUCGUUUCUUCAAUAUUAUACAAUGUAAAGAUUUUAAUGUUAUAAAAAAAUAAAAAAACUUAAUUAUACCUAAUAUUUAAUGUACGUUUGUAUAGAUGGUCAAAACUAUAUUCUGGUCCCUCCGGACGGCGGAUGGGGCUGGCUAGUGCUUUUGGGAAGUACAAUGGUCAACAUGUUAAUUCCAGGCACGCUUAAGUCAUUUGGGGUACUGUUCGUGGAAUUUACCGAAGCGUUCCACGCGUCAGAAACUGCGGCUUCCUGGAUACCUGCCAUCUGCUACUUCCUCUACUGUUUUCUAGGUGAAUAUUGUUCUCUACACUAAUAUGCAAUCUGCAAUUGGGUUUAGCUCCCCCACCCCACUCAAACACAACCAAAUCUCCUCCCCCUCAAAUCAAGUCCUUAUUAGGUAACUAAGUAAAUAUUAAGUAUAUUUCAGGUGUGGAUCCAGAUUAUGAUAACGGGAAGGGGAGGGGGUGAUUUUUAAUGCUCUUAUAAGGUACAAAUUUAUAAUAAGUUCAUUGACGAAUUAAGCUCAGAGUAUAUUUGUGUUAAAAGUGUUUAGGAAAGUGAUCGCAAAGUGAGGGUGGGUCAUGGACCCACCACUGAUAUACAUAAUUAUUACUAUGGGGCCAUGGGAGAGUUGAAGUGGGCUAGUUAUUAGUGAUUUGCACCUAUGAUUAUAAGCGUUCAAAAUUGUUUAUGAACAUAUAAUUUUUAAAUGAAACAAGUUGUAUUAUAGUCAAUAGCAUUAAAUAAUUUAAUUUAAAUGGAAUAACUCCACAUUUCAUAAGAGUGAUUGAAAUUUUUAAAAUACAUUUUUUUUUAAAUUUAUCUAUAUAUUAUUAUUAUAAUAAUUUUGUGGAUUUUAAAAUCGAUCAGAAUAUUAUAUUUGAUUUUAAGAUGAAUACAUACAUUUCAAAAUCACUUUUAGAUUCUAAGUGGAGGAAGGUAUGUAUUGGUUUUACAAUGAUGUUUAUUUUGUUUUUUUAUGUAAACACUUUUUCUACCAGAAAUCUCACUCCGAUUAUCAAGUAGAGCACCUUUUCUGAAAGUAAAUGUUCUUUGGGUGGUACUUUAGAGAGGCCAUUUUUGAAAUUAUCGUUCAUAUUCGAGAUAAUGAGGAAAACCUGGUGUUUUAGGUUAAAAAAGAUUGAAAAAUUAAAAAUAAGGUUGUCAUUGGCAAACGUUUUUUAUUAAUUUUUUGUUAUUAUUAAGUUUUUAUUUUAAAAGAUUAAACAAUUAUUAUUGUCAUGGAAACGUACAUUGUUAUGCUCAUUUUACCAUAAUAUGAUAUAUAUUGUUGACAAAGCAACACUAUCAACUGAACUCCCCUCAGAAUCGUUUAUUCGUUAGCAACGGUUUAUCGUUGCUUACAUAUAUACAAUAAAUUCCUGUCUGUAUCCUACCUUCCCAAUUUCACAUUUAAAACAGUGGGUAUGCCCACGUGCGAAAUAUGUCAGUCCUUUUUUAGAAUAAUAAUAUUAAAUCCCGUUAUAACUCUCAUGAUAUGAAAGACAUAUUAUUUUUAACGUAGGGCUUUCAUACGGUACGUGAAGUUACUAACUUAUUAAUCGCGUUAAUUAUUUUUGCCCACCUACGGAUUUAAUAUACUAGAUACUAAAACUUAAUACACAAAGUAGUAUAAAUUAUAAUAUUCCGUUAAAUUGUUUAUUGUAUAUUUGUAUCGAUAAAAUUGUUACCUACUGCAGGCAUAUUGUUUUAAUAAUGAAAUAUUUCCAUUCUUUGUGACUCAUAAUGACUCGUAUAAUAAAUUUGCUGUAUAGUUUUCUAUAUUAUAUAAGGCGUACCGUUGAAAUAAGUAGAUUGUUAUUAAUAUGCCAGUAUCUUACAUUAUUAUAACAUGGUAUAACAAGAGGUUGAUAAAACUUCAUUGUUUUUAUUACCCAUAACGUACGCACUAUAAUUACAUACAAAUAAUUAGUAAUUCAAUUUCAAAUUGUCAUUUGAUAUUUGUUCAUUAUUGUAUACCGUGAUUUUAUUCAUUAUUCAAAAUUAAACACAAAUAAUAUUCGUAUACAAUCAAACCGAUUAUUUUUCAACAGCUAGUGUAAGUGUAUAAUUGUUGAAUACAUACCAUAUGUUUACAAUAAUUACCAUCAAUGUUAUACAUAUACCAAUUUUAUGAAAACAUCAUGGUCAUGACCAUGGUGUUAUCAAUCAGACUCAUGAUUCCGUUAACUUAACAACACAAAAUACAUCAUAUGUUCGUAAAAUAUUAAUAAGUAUUGAUUUAUUUUUAACUGCCUAAUUAGAACUAUAUUAUGCUGGGAUUCAUGAAAACAGUUAUGAAAAAUGUUUGUUUGAGAUCUAACUUAUCGGUUCUGUAUUAUACAAUUAUUGAAUACAUUGUUUUUCGUGUACGAAUUUCAUUAUUUAAUUAAGAAUAUCAUAUCCAUGUAUGUAUAUUAAUUAAUAAUUUUAUUAUCCGUGUACAAUAUUACAGUUUUAUAUAUAUAUUGUACAUGGUGAUCAAUCUAUCAUAGCAUACUCAUUAUCUCGGAAAGUAUUAACUUUUUCCGGAAUUUAUUUCCUAGAACAUUUAAGAAACAAGCUGCUCCACAAUUUUAUAUUUACAUUAUUUUUUGUCACCCUAAUUUUUAGGGGUGAAAUCACUAAUUAUUAUAGAUUUCCAAAUUUCAAUCUAUAUUAAAAUUACAUAAAUAGAUGGAGUAUUAUUUAAAACAAAUUUGAGUGCUGACAUUUUAAGUUUCCGUCAAUGGGAUAUCGGAAAUCAAAAAUUUCAACACCAAAAUUUAUUUUAACUAAUACUUCAUCUAUUUAUGAAUUUUUUAAUGUAGGUUGCUAUUUGAAAACUAAAAACUGGUAGUGGUUUUACUCCCUAAAUAAGGGUAGAAAAAAAUAACACGAAUACAAAAUUGUAGAACAGCUUGUUUCUUAAAUAUUUUAGAAAAACAAUUUCGGAAAAAGUCAAUACUUUCCGAGAUAACGAGUGUCUUACGAUGGAUUGAUCAUUCUGUAUAUAUAUUAAUUUAGUAUGUGUAAAAUGAAAAUUCAAUUCCAAGUCAUGCAUUGAGUUUGAAAUUUGAAUAAAGAGUUGGUUUUAAAUUUUAAAAAUUCAAAAACCGCCAUAUUCUUCACUAGGAUUUAAUUUUUCUUUAAAUCGCCUUAGCUUUGGUGAUUAAAAAAAAUUUGAAAAAUUAUCAUAUCUUCAUUACUCAUCUGAUGAAGAUGACGAUGAAACUGAUAAAAUUGUGUUUAUAUUUUAUAGUUUUUAUGUUACUACACAGAACAACGCUUCAGUAACAAAAAAAUUUAAAUUACGUUUUAUUUGCUAACAAAUGCACACUUAAUUAAAUGAUAAGGCAAUUGUUCAUAUAACAUUUUGUGGUUUAACAGCUCUGCAAAUUGUAAAUCUGCCGCAGUAUUUUUCAGUUCAGUGCCUCUUUUCCGUGAUAACUGUCUGCUAACGCUCCGCUCCUCCCAUUCAAAAUGGUUUCAUAAAUAUAUAGAUCAGUAUUCUAAAUUAAAAUAAAAACUCUUAUUUGAAAAAAAUAUUAAAUGUUUUAUUCUACCCCACUUUACAAAGAGAUUUUACUUUACUAUAAAAAAAUAAUUUUUUAUUAUACCUCCUGAUGAGUAGUUAAUGAUAUUCCGGUUUCUAGUUAAACGCAGAUCACCUUUCUUGUGAAUCUUGUCAACAGAUUUUUUUGGUUCGUCAGAAGCUAAUCAACAACAAUGAAUCCUUUUUCAGCUAGAUACGUUGACGGGAAGGUAAAAAAGAACAAUUUAACUUAUUGCCAUGGUUGUGGAUAAUUGUCUUUAAGCUUGACCCAGGAAAUCUUGAUGAGAACAUUUUUCCUUUGGCCUUGAUAAAAUUCAUCUUAUUUUCUUAGAGCUUCAAGUUGACUUGGUUAUUUUUUCAAAAUAUCAAUAAAGUACCCAAAUUGUUUUAUAUCAUUCCGCAUUUCGUUCAAGUUCAACGCUUCAUUCAAACUUGCAGCCCUUUUGGAAGAACCAAAAUGUCCCUAUUAAAAUCCACUGGUAUACUGCUUAUGUUUCCAUUGAGACCAAGAUAAUAAUGAGUUUGUGUUUGUUAAUCUCUAAAUUUAACUAUUAAAAAAAAAUUUUCAAUUUUGCGUCUAUUUUCACUUGGGGAGACGAUAAAUAGCUUAUAAUCGACUUUUGACCGGCAAUGAGGUUAAUUUUUUAAAGAUUUAGAGAUUGUUCAUACAAAUAUGUCAUAUAAGUGACAUACUAAAUAUUUAUGUCAUUCAAUUUUCAAUUUUCGUAUAAUUAUAUAAUAUGGUGAGUGAAAAGUUUUUACAUUCCCUUCCAUUAUAAACUUGAUUUACAAUAGUUAGUAUACAAAAAAAUUCAUAUUGUAAAAACGAGUAGUUGUAAGAAUAGUAAAACAAUCACUUUCUAAUAAACACACAUCGCUUGACCAAACCAAUAAUAUUGUAAAUGUAUAUUAGUAAUAAAUUAGGUUAAUAAUAAUUAUUAAAGUACUACUUUCAACUUAUUUCGGAUUUUUGUCACAAGCGCAAUUAUUUAAUAAUAUUAAUAUAUUAUAUUGAUAAAACAUUAAUGUUUUAUUUUCUUCUAAUAAUAAUUACUAAAAUAUAUAUUCUAUACGGUAUCGCCUGCAGAUGCCCACACUGCAGUAGAUAUUAUAAUCAAACAGUCUAAAGAGUAUAAAAAAAAAAAUUAUCAGUUUUAUUCUCAUAUUAUGAUCUUGUAAUUUAUGUAUGGAAAUUUUACAGAAAUAAAAAUCAAUAUAAUUUACUCACGAAGUCGUGGCACGGAUAUUAAUAAAUUAACUAUAACGAAAGAAAUUAUUUGAUAAAUUAUAAUAUAAUAUCAAACGCAAAAAAACUCUUUCAAGUUAGUUUAAAAUUCAAAAAUAAUUGAUGACCAAGAGAAAAAAGAAUAUUUUCGUUUAAUAAUAUUUUGUUUUUCAUCCUUGCCAAUAAUAUAAAAUCACAUACUACAAUAUUUAUUAGCUUGAUUAUUGUUUAAGAACAAAUACAAGUUAUGUGUUGUUUUUUAACUUAGCAUACUAUUCUUCACAGUUAUUUCUAUCGAGUAAUUUUAAGUACCGUUUUUUUACAUGCAAACACUUCCAAGGUUCAGCGAAUUAAUUUUAAUUACGUUAUUUAAACUGCAAGUGCAUGGUCUAUAAUUAUAAUUGGUGGACAUUGUUUAUGGUAGUUACCCAUAUCAAUGAACACAAAAAUAUUCUUAUUUGAAAAUACUUACGGCAGUCAUCUAUUUAUUGCAUUCGACAAAUGCAGAAAGGGCACAUAUUCAGAUUGUAUUUUAUUUAAAUAAUUAAACGCCUUAAGGCAUUUGGUUACAUGAGGUGACGAGAGCAUGCUUUAGAUUAAAUAAUUAUUUAAUAUAGUGAUGAGAUCUAGGUUUUAAAAUUGUUAAAAUUUUCUAGAAUGACAAAAAUACUUAAUAUCUUAAAUAUUGAAAUCAAAUUUCUUGUUAAUAUCUUAUGUUCUAAUGUUAGAUAUUAUCUACUAAGUUACUAUAGAAAUUGUAUAAAAUAUUUUAAAACUUGAUGUGCUCUCGAAGUUUUUUGUCUUUCUUAACAAACGGUAAAAUUCGAACAUGUGCCUUUUCUGCAUUUAGCGUUAAAUGUAUUGUUUUAUGCCGCUUUAUAACUUAACCAUAAAUUUACCCACAUCAUGUAGUCAUAGGUAAUCCAAAAAUUGUAUCUGUUGCUAUUUUGUCAAAAUAUUCGAAUUUAAAUAUUAUUAUUAUUAUUUUAGAUUUUGGACGGAGCAAAGAAUGUAUGGUUUUACUAUCAAUGUUUCUGAAUUUGUUUUUGUGUCUCUGAAAAAGUUUUCUACCAGAAAUAGUGAUCCAAUUCAAAAAAAAACUAGCGAACUUUAUUGUAGUGUUUUGAAUCUAGUUAAUUUAAUGAAUAGGUCAAUUUUUGAUUUUCUAUAAGUUUUUUAUACUAAUUUGAAUAAAAAGUAUAAUCAAAACAGAUAAAUUCAUGGAAAUAAAAGUUCUUUAUUUUCGAUUUUAUUUUUUUUUUUAUCAGAAAUCUUGCUUCGAAUUUUAUUUGUAAUAUACUUUCGGAAAUAAGAUUUAGUAAUUAGCAUAUUAUGAUGUUUUUGAUCUUUAAAAAAGGUCUAAAAAACGAGAAAGUUUACGGAAAUUAACACCUUAAAUUUUGUAUUUAAGUUUCCAGUACUUCCUUAUCAUUAUUAUUAUAUACUUGGAAAAUCAAAACAUAACCUCCUCAAUGCACUAGAUCCAUAAUUGAUAAAAAAAAAGUUCUUUUGUUAUUUUUUUAUUGAAACAAAAUUUCUAGUAGAAAAGUUGCUCAUAGACACAAACAAAAAAACUAACACACACAUAGUAAAACCAAUAUACAGGCUGUCUCACAAAAAUAAACCCCUUUAAUAUCUCCGAAGAUAAUAAAAAUAAUUAAAUUCUUUUUUUUUAUAUUACUCAUAGAAAACUACAAAUAUUUAUAUUUCAAUUUUUUUUUUUUUUUUAAAUUUAAAAAAUAACUUUAAUUUAUUAUUUUCUGAAAAUUUUAAUGUACCACACAUUUAUAUCUGAUUAGUAGUUUCUAAGUAACAGCCGUUUUAAAUUCUACUAAUGUGUAAAAACCGAUGUUAUUUUAUGGAAUAACCUAACCAUGUUACGCGAUUUGAAUUUAAAACGGCUGUUACUGAGAAACUAUUCAUCGGAUAUAAAUGUGUGAUACAAAAUUUUCAGAAAAAUAAUCUUUACAGAAUGGCUAUCUUAAAAUUUUUCGAAAAUAAUAAAAUAGUUUUUUUUAUUUUUUUAAUAAAAAAAAAAAAACUAAUUCAAAUAUAAAUAUGUAUAGUCCUCUUCAGUGUAAGUAUUAUAAAAAUAAAAAAAACAGAAUUUAAUUAUCUUUAUUAUCUUCGGAGAUAUUCAAGAGGUUUAUCUUUGUGGGACAGCCUGUAUUCUUAGUUACAUUCAGAAUCUGAAAAAAAUAAAUUUUGCUCGUAAAAAGUAAAGUAUGGCACAACAUAAUAAUAAUAGUUGUAAUUUAUUUUGAAUAGUAAAAUAUAUGAUGCAUAUUGCAUAGUUCAAAACGUACACAUUAUACACGUACAAUGUACAAAAUAUUAUGCAUAUUACGAAUAUAUUUAAUAUUACAAACAGGAAUGUAUAAAAUAUUAUUUUGUUUGAUGUUAAAUUAAAACAGUUCUUAAAAGUUUAUUUAUUUACUGAAAAAUCGUAUUUUUGUUCGUUUGUAUACAUUUUUUUUUUUUUUUUUGGUAAUACUACUAGUCCGUUCAAUAGUCUGUUGCCAUUCGACGGGUUUUUUUUUUAAAUUGUAUACAGGGUGAUCAAUUUGCCGUAAGACAUUCAUUAUCUAGGAAAGUAUUAAUUAUUUUUCAACCAGCUCUAAAAAUUUAAAUUCAUAUUAUUUUAAGUCACCCUUUUUUGUAGGGGUAAACCAUUUUUACUCCCAAAACCACUUGCUUUUUAUUUUCAAUUGGCGACCUAUAUUAAAAAUUCCAAAUUAGAUUGAGUCAUAGAUAAAAUAAAUCUUAAUGUUGAAACUUUUGAUUUCCGUCUGUCCGUUGACGAGAUAUUCGACUUUUGAGUUUAGGUAGAGAGAGAGAGAAAAAGAGUGUAGUGGAGCAUCAUUUGUGUGGCGGCCCGCACAUAGCGUGUUAAAAUGCAUGACUAACAGGCCUACAGUCCCCCUUCUACCCAAACUUAAAAGUAGAAUAUCUCGUCAAUGGGUUAACAUAAAAUUAAAAUUGUAGAGCUGCCUGUUUCUUAAAUGUUCUAUAAAACAAAUUCCAAAAAAUGUAUUACUUUCUGAGAUAAUGAGUGUCUUUACGAUAGAGUAAUAAUCCUGUACACAAUUUUGUACACAAUCUGCAUAAUAUUAUAUGGAAUAAAAUAGAAAAAAAAUGUAUAAUACAAAUAAAUAGUUGUAUGUUUGUCCGCUAUAGCUACAAAAUUACUAAACCAAUUUUCGCGUGAUAUUUUGUAAAAUGGUUCGCGUUGUCUAGAGAAGGUUUAAAGCUAUUAAAAACCAUGAUCUGAUCAGUAAAAGUAGUAAACUUAAUGAGUAGUUAAGGCUGUUCACAAAAUAAUAAUAACAUGUGUUUUUAAUUUUCUAGCAACCCUGCAGCUAAUUCAUACAAUUAUAUAUUAUAUGUAAUUAUUACAUUUUACUUAAAUAGAAUAGUUGACACAAGCGUUACAUUGAUUUCAUUUAGUCUAUACUGAAAUCUAGUAAUAGUAAAGAAUUGCCGAUACAGCUAGUAUUACUGGCACACCCAACGUUAAUAACAGACUGCGAGUCUUCUCAUUCGGCCAUGUACUACCUACUUCGCGGUUUUAUUUUGUACGCAUACAAUACAAAUUAUUUAUUUUUUGCUCUGAUGCUAUAGUUUAUAAUUAAUAAUUUAAAAGUACGUGAAUUUGUAACUAAUAAUUUAGCACAAAAUAAUCAGUUAUACAAAAUAUUAUGAUUUAUUAUCAUAUAUAUAUAUAUAUAUUUAUAUAACGGGUUUAGUUUGUCAAGAGUUUCCUUCGAAGAAAUCCCAAUUGCGUCACUAUAUUAUUAUUGUAUUCUUGUAUUCUUGUAUCGUACUUACCUUUAUAUAACAUUGAAAAAUCAGUUUCGUAUUAUUUUGUGUCGAUCAAAACGAUUAGAUAUAGCUGAUGCUUGUGUGUGUAUUUUAUUUUAAGCUUAUACAUUCAUUUUUUAGUUGGCAUUUACCGUAUACCACUAUAUAUAUACUUAUUUAAUAAUAUAGAAUCAAGUAUUUUGUAAUAUAUUGACAAAAUAGCCUAAAAUAUUUAAAAUAUAUAUCUAAAUAUAAUAAUAAUAAUAAAAAAAAGGACCGACACACUUCGUACGUGGGUGCAGCCACUGUUGUAGGUGGAAAGGUGAAAAAACGAUUCCGAGCGGAGUUCAAUUGAUAGUGUUGCUUUGUCAACAACAUAUGUCAUAUUAUGGUAAAAUGAACACAACAAUUUACGUUUCUAUGACAACCGUUUUUUAAUCUUUCAAUCUUUUUUAACCUAAAAAACUAGGUUUUCCUCAUUAUCUCAAAUAUUAAUGAGAAUUUCAAAAAAUGACCUCUUUAAAGUUCCAUCCAGAGAAUAUUUCCUUUCAAAGAAGAUGUUAUACUUGAUAAUCGAAGUAAGCUUUCUGGUAGAAAAAGUGUUCACAUAAAAGAAAAAAAGAACACCAUUAUAAAACUAAUACAUUCGUCGCUCCGCUCAGAAUCUAAAAUAAGAUAAAAUAAAACAUUGUUUUUAGGAGUUUAACAUAUUAUUUUUAUUAGGUCCUGUUUCGAGUUACCUAUCGUCAAUAUACUCGUAUCGUACGGUGACGUUAAUUGGAGGCACUUUAGCUUCUCUGGGUCUGAUGCUCUGUUAUUUCGCCGACUCCAUCACGUUUCUGUACUUCAGGCAAGUAUAAUAUUUUAUCAAUUAUCUAUAAUAUUCAUAAUACACAAUUUUCAGUUGAAAUCACACGAAAUUAUUUAUUUUUCUCUCGCAUUAUCUCUUACGUAUUACAAAACGGAAUUUAAGUUUUUAGAUUAUUGCAAAUAGACCCACGUUGAUAUUUAAUUUAUUUAUGCAACUAUUAUGGUUAUUUUAAUUUUUUUUGACAUAUUUGUCUGUUUUCUAGAAAUAGUUUAAUAGGUAAAUGUACCGCGCAAAUGCUAAGUAUACACACAGUAUUACACCUAUGUAAACCAGUAAUCUUCAGAAAGUUUAACUUAAUUUGAUUAUGGUUUCAAAAUCUUCAUAAAAUUGUUUGAUACCUACCCUAAUUUGUUUAAAUUUUCACAAUCAAAUCUUGUAUCAUUUUAGAUAAAUAUAUAGCUUAGGAGGGAUGAGUCGAAUUUAUAUCGACAUUUUUCACUAGUUUGCUACAAUGUAAAAAUAAUUCUGAGGGUAUACGAGUACUGAUACUAUAUUUAUAGUAGGUAAUUACUUGUUUUCUUAUCAAAAUUCCAUUAUAAUAUCAUUAUGCCGUAAGUACGUCUAUGAGGUAUUAAGUACGAAUAAUUACUAAUACUUACCUGUAGUUAUUUGAUUUCAAUGAUAAUAUAAUCGAAUUAUAAAUUAGGUACUUACAAAAACAAGUAAAUGAAAAAUUGAUAUUUAUUUUUUUUAUCCUAAUAAGUUAGUACACAUUAUACAAUAUGCUAUUAUGACUUAUGCUACAAUUUCCAAAUUCAACGUCUCUCUCCUUAGCAAAAUCUUAAAUACAUCACUGAUCUCGUUUAAUCGUUAAAUAAUUUAUGUAUUUUAUGUAUUUAUAAAUAGAUUUAAAAUUUAAAGGAUUAUAAUACCAUGCUAUUUAGUUUUAUGACGAAAUUAAAAACAUGCCAGUAUAGUUAUAUUUUUACCAAUUUAAAUUAGGGUUAAUGAAUAAUACAUUUAUUUUAUCGUUGAUAAAAUUUUACCAUAAAUUUAAUUAUUAGAGUAAUACACGUGUAAUAUAAUUUAUAUAAUUUAUGCAAACAUUCACUAUGGUCACACUAUCAUUAUUUUUUUAAUAUUCAUAAACUUACAAUUAAUUAUAUUUAAACAUUAAUAUAGCAUUAAACUAUAUGAAUAUGCAAAUUAAUGAGGUUUUUUUGUUGAAUCAAGACAACUUUCUUCUUUCAUUAUGUUGGAAAUAAUUAUGAUAUUGUCAUAUUUUCAGUUAAAUAGCAGCUGAUAAAAUAAUUCACAAAUCAUAAUUAAUUUUCACGGUUUGAACUGUUAAUAUACAAAUUAUACAUGCAUUAUAUAGGUACCUAAAUAGGUAUGUUUAUUAUUGAUUUUCAUUUUGUUGUAAUAAUUAUUGUAUGUAUAUUACUUUUCCAAUCAUACGAAAACAUUUUUUCUCAAUAAUUAUAUUAAACAGUAGGUAUCUAAUUUUAAAUUUAGGAAUAUUUAUUCGGAAAUCACAUCAGAGGACACCCUAAAAAAAAAAAAAAACGCAUUAUUUUAUAUAUAAUAAUUUAUGACUGAAAUUUUAAUAUCCGAGUAUCCGAAUAUCUGAAGUAGCCACUGGUUAUUAUUUAAGUUCGAGUAUUAUUGUAAUCAUAAAUCCAAAAUUACGGAACGUAAAACGCUAGCUGUAGUUUUACAACGAAUAUGGUUUUGUUUUUUUCCUUAUAUGUUGAUAAAUAUACGUAUAAUAUACGGUUCAAUGUAUCACACAUGUGUACACAAUGUGGACACAUGUGUACACAUAGGUAAUUUAUUAAACCUAUAUCAUAUUAUACACAUUUCUUGGGAAAUUGUAUGCGUUGAGCUAAUGAGUCCAGCAUAUAAUAUACCGCGUGGCGAUACAGAUUUUUUCGAAACCAUUAAAACUGCAACUGGGUAGGUUAUACAAAUAGCAAAGCUAUUUUGAUGAAUCCUUCGUCUAUAUUUUAUUGACGAAAAGCUGUCAAAUAAGAUUAGUUUAUAAAAUUAUAGCACCAAGACAGCACCCAACUAGUGUUAUAUUCUCGAUUAAACCAUAUUAUUAUUCAUGGAAAUCAUGAGAAUUUUUUUUUUAAUUAUAAAGCUAUUUUGAGUUUGGUAUUUUGGUAAUUACCAAUAAGGUAUGAAAUAUAAAAUAUUUGUUAACCGUUGUCACUAAAGACCGGAUUUAUAUUCUCUUAUAAUCCACAAAAAAGUGCUUUAAAACACUAAAAAAAGCACUUACAAAUAUUUUAAAAAACAAAAAUAAUAGAGUUGAAAAGUCUCCCGGUUAAUGGCUUUAACUUAUUAAAUUAAAUUUCCUAGCAUCGCAAAUAAAAUGAUUCACAAAAAAUAUUUUCUUUUAUAUGAAAUCGUACGCAUUAUAAAAAGAAAAACUUUUUAUUAAUCAUUUUUGUAGUGUUAGAAAAUUUAAUUCAAUAAGUUAAAUCCGUUAAAAGGGAGAUCUUUUAUAUCCACAUAUGUUUUUUUAUUUUUAAAUAUUUUUUAAGUAUUUUUUCUAAGGCUUUUUUUACGUUUUCAAGUGCUUUUUUUGUGAAUUUUAAGAGUAUAUAACGCCGAUAGUCCGAUCUCUUGUUAUUACUCAGUCAAUUAUAUUCAAACAAAUUUUUAAUAUUACAAAAAUUCUUACGGAUUAAUAUUAACAAGCCUGUAUCCAUUUGCCAUGUAUUCAACAGUUUAUUAUCCUUAGUAUUUAAAGUAAUAUAACUCAGAAACUGUUCAUACAAAUGACGAUUACAAUACGCCAUAUUUUCAUAAAAAUCUUUAUAGAUGAUUGUAUUUACAUACAAUAUUUAUACAAUAUUUUUUAUUUAAAUAACGAAAUGGUUGUGUUUCAGUUACGGGGUUAUGUUCGGCGGCGGCGCGGGUCUGGCGUUUCCUCCCGGAAUAUUCAUCGUAACUUCGUACUUCGUCAAGUACCGCGGGUUCGCCAACGGAGUGGCCAUAUCGGGCAGCUGCAUCGGUUCAAUGUUCCUGCCGCCAUUCCUGGGCUACCUGAUCGAAAACUACGGUUACAAGUACACAAAAAAAAAAACACCCCAGACACACACACGAGCACACACACGUUAUAUAAUAAUAUAAUACUACAUAAAUAUGAGACCGAUACGUGGCGGCCCGAAACCUCUAAUUUUAUCCUCUCGAAAAUUUCGGGUCGCGUCGCCGGCAGCCUGUUACCCAUCCAUCCUAUAUAGGUAAUACAUGAAUGCUAUGUGUGUGGUGCAGGGAGACGGUGCUGAUACUCGGGGCGCUCACGCUCAACGUUUGGGUGGGCGCGUUGCUGUACCACCCGGUUGAGCGGCACAUGGUCAAGCAGUACGUGGAUGAGUACGAGUACACUGCAGGAGACGACGGGCAAGUCGGCGGCGGCUGUGUAGAAGCGGACGCGAUUUCGACUGUAUCGGCGGCCGCAGCGGUGGACUUGAACUCGAUGACCGGCGGCAAGAGCAUGACGGAACUCCGGUGCAGCGGUAUACCAGACGACGGACAGCUACACGAGACGGUAUCGCUGCUGGCGCAGAACCUCAACGGUUACGUGAUCGUCAAUGAACUAAACGCGUCCAGCGUUAAAAUUCCGACCGACGACCGGUACCUGCUGUCCGAUGACGGUGCCCAGGUUAUCGGGUCGGUUAACAGCAGGGCGGCCCGAAAUGCGGCCAGUUCACCGAAGUUGGCAUUUAGCAGUUGCAGCUUGUUGCGGACGACGACGGACGGCGGCGACCAUCAACAUCACCUGGUGUUAACUUCCGGCGGUGGCGGCGUAGACGGCCGGUAUAAGGCCAACCACGGCGCGUCACUGUCGUCGUUGCGGUACGUCAGCACGCCGUUCCACGGCAGCACGUUGGUCAGCCUUUACGAGGAGUCGCAGCCCAAACAGCAGCAGCAGCACAACAAACGGCUGCAACACAGGCGACCCGGACAGCAGCAGUUACAUCAAAUCCGACAAAAGCAGCCGACCGACGGCCCGUCGUCGCGCCGGAAGGUCGUGGCCGGCGCGCUACAACUGCUCUCCGAUCCGCUAUUUAUCGUCAUACUCGUGUCUAACGCCACCACGGCCAUCGGGUACACCAACUCGGCCAUACUGUUGCCUUCGUAUGCCAUCAGCAUUGGCCACGACAAAAGCAGCUCGCAGUACCUGCUGUCCGUGAUGGCCGUCCUGGACCUGGUCGGCCGGAUCGGCGGCAGCACGCUGUCCGAUUGGAUCCGGCUGGACAAGCGGUACUACUACCUGAGCGGCCUGGUCCUGUCGGGCGUCGCGCUGUUCGUGCUGCCUCUAGCCGACGACUACCUGACGAUGUGCUGCAUGUGCGCCGCGUUCGGCCUGGGCUCUGGCGUGGUGGUGGGAAUCACGGCGGUCAUAAUGGUCGACAUGCUCGGCGAGGAGCGGCUGGCUUCGUCGUAUGGCAUAUCGCUCCUCUGCAACGGACUGAUGCAGCUCAUCGGGCCGCCCGUGGCCGGUUACAUAUUCGAGACGAUCGGUUCGUACAGGCCCGUGUUUCACGGUAUGGGCAUCAUACUGUUGUUCGGGGCUUCCGUGUGGCUGCUGACGCCGUUCCUGAAGAAAAACCACCAUCAUUACUGA